AUGCCUCGGAACGUUUCUAUCAACCGGCAUGAAUAUUUUAUCAACCAAUUUCCUGGAACAGCAAAACAAAAGAAAGACUUCCAAGAGUGGCUCAAGCAAAUUCCAUGGCUGCAUCCCAAUCAUGUGAUGCUCUGGCUGGCAGAGGAGAUGGAUUACUACUUGUCGGUUGAUGAUGGCAAAGCACAUUAUGCAAUGGUACACGAAGCUUUAUGCCACAUCGCCAUUGAUAUUCAAAAUGAGCAUUCCCCUAAUGCAACCAUCGCGCUGCCCGGCUACGGAUAUCCUUUGGAAUGGAUGCCUGCCGCGCAGGAUCAUUUCCCCGUCACCAUUACGAAUGACGGCCGUGACUGGACUGCCAAGGCGCUGCUAAUUCGAGAGCUAUGUAUGCUCAAAGUCGUUGAAGAGAUUACAGAGAAGCCGGACUGGUGGAGCAAUAUUCGCAACAGAGACAUCGCAAGAAGCUGGGGAAAGGAGAUUCUAGCGCUUGACUGGAGCAAACACAUGAAGUAUGCUGAUUUUACUUCUUCUAUGGCCCUACAGACUAUCCGAGAGCUUAAGCUCAAAGCCGACUUAUAUGAGAAGACAGGACUCAUCCCUGUCUUCGAUUACUCCGCUUGUGUCAUCAAAUCUGAUACGGUCGUAUCCGAUGGGCUCAAAAAAGCAUUCGCCGGUCUUGCGACAGAGCUCAAACAUGUUAAAAGCUAUCGGUGCAUACACAAUGGUGGUCUCCUAAUUCGCCAAGCUCACACCUCUCUGUGCCCUUUGGUGUAUGGUCGAUCUCGGAUUCUCCCUGAUAGGACCAUUAAGCGCCACAAUUGCCUGAAUGCUUGUGGAGAAGGAGACAUUCUCUCAAAGCCUCGCAACACAGGAAUGGAUGCGGAAUACCGAUUUCGCCUAUAUGACGACACCUAUCAGUGGCUUCCUUUCGACGUUACCAUAAGCAAGCAAGGAAACGCUAGAAUAGACAGCUAUAUCAACAACUUGCAUCCUGUCAAGGACAAAAAGCUGUACUCGAUUAUUUCAAAGGCCAUCAAUCACGCGUUACCGGCAUGGGACAUUGUGUAUAGAUGGCCUCAUCAUUUUGCUUUUCAGAGAAUACGGGGCGCAGAGCUAAUCACCAGCUGCAAAACUCCCCGUAUAUGCGCACGCCGCAACAGAAACUGCAGGUCUUCUAAUUUAUCUGCAGAAGCCAGUAUCGAAUAUGAGAGGCGCGUUGCGGCGAGAGCACAGCGAACAAACAAGACCAAUGCCACACAGACGGGUAUACAGGAAGGUAUGAAUACUGUUAAGACGUCUGAGUGCCAAGAUUAUCCGGCUCUCAACCUCAUAUUGGAAGACAAUGAGAGUGAUGCAAUGGUCAUGCCGGAAGAACCUUCUAUUCCUACAUGGUUCAUUGACAAGCACCCAAUCAAGUUCCCUGAGCCACACUUCACAGAUGGCCAGUAUUUCCGUCUCCGUCCAUCCGACGUUAAAUCAUCUGGCUUUUUCUCGCAUCAAAAUAAGCGAAUUCAGGUAAUGAUCACAUUUGCAGAAAUCCAGCUCAGCCCCGAAAACCCCGAAUACAGGGGCGAUGUAUGGCAGACAGAUGGUCAACUCAACGAACAUAUUGUAUCCACGGCCAUGUUCUGUUAUGACAUUGAAAACAUCACGGAUAGCUACAUAUACUUUGGUGCUGUUGGAGAUGGAGAAAAUUUGAGUCCAGGCCCUUCAUCAAUCCCAGAAGAACUUAUUUAUAGGGCAUUUGGUUUCUUACCAGAAGAAAAUAACUUCCAAGUUUUAGGUCGCGUCAGAGUUCAUCCCGAUAAUGCCAUCUUCUAUCCAAAUGUCUACAAACAUCGCCACGGGGCCUUUUCCCUGGUCGACCGGUCCAAGACAGGACACCUCAAGUAUUUCAAGCUGUAUCUAGUUGAUCCAGGCAUUCCCAUCAUAUCCACAGCCAAUGUGCCUCCUCAGCAGUAUGGCUGGUGGACUGAGUCUGAGAUACACAACCAAGGAUUGGGUAUUGUCCAAAGGCUACCGUCAGAGUUGAAAGAACUGGUGCACAGCUAUGUGGAUUUUCCUAUUGAUGGUAAAGAAGAGAAAAAAAUUGAUCAAGAAAUGAGUUUGCAUAGGGAUGAUAUGGGAGAAUGCCUCCAUACCACACCCUUGGACGACGGCAGAUUUGAUGAGGAUUGGGAUGAAUUUUGGGACUGGCUCUAG